AUGGGCGACACGGCGCUCGUGCGCAUCCAGAGCCCCAUGACCCGCAAAGAGGUGGAGGCCAUGACUGUGGCCGACCUAAGUCUUGGGGAGCUCAACCUGGUGGAUGUGGAGACGGCGCGGCGCGGGGUGGACGCCCAUGGCAACAAGCUAUGGGCGCCGUCGAUGCAGCUGACCCUGCACGACUUCUACGUGUGGCAGGUGGCGCGUGCAACCAGCGCAGCCCCCGGGUUCCUGCCACCCGCUGAGGUGUCGCCUUCUGACGGGCUCACAAAGGAGGACGGCUCCUGGCCACGCCCGCGCACCUUUGUCGACGGCGGCCUGGCCAACAACGACCCGACCUGGAUGGGCGUGGGGCUGAUGCUGAUGCUGUGGGGGGCGCGCCGCCAGGCGCAGAACGAGGCGUCCAGGAAGGGCGAGCUGCCGGGCGCCGCGCCCAGGCCCCUCACCUUUGUGGACACCGCGGUCUUCAGCGUCGGCACCGGCCAGUCUCAAACGUGGGGCGCGUUGCAUGACGGCCCCUCCGGCGGCGACCCCAUCACCGGGCUGCUGAGAGCCCUGGCGCUGCUUGGGGACCUGGUGUCUCUGACCAUGGCGGUCAACGGAGAGGACAAGCAGAGCAUACUCAGGCUGAUCUACUAUGGCCUCCUGCGCCUGCCAGAGGGACAGUACAUGCGCAUCCAGCUGCCUUUCGGCGACACAGCCGCGCCCGCGCCCCCCACUGCGCCUGCCACGAUCGCCGAGGCAACGGUACCCGCCGCCGCCGGCCCCGACGCGGGGCCGCCGGACGCCGUGCGCGGCGGCACGCGCGACGCGGGGGACGCGCCGGCCGCGAAGCUGGGCGGCGCAAAGGGGGAGGCGGAGGUGACGGGCGAUAACGACGACUUCCUGCCCCCAGUGGAGCUGACGCCCGAGGAGCUGGCUGCGCUCGACAAGAUGGACAACCCCGACCCCAAGGUGCUGGCCAAGUAUGAGGAGGUUGGCCAGAAGCUGGUGGCGCGCAACAAGAAGCGCAUCGACUGGUGGGUGCGCUGCUUCCUGCUGGGCCUGGACGACCCCUUCGACGCCACGGCCCGCGUCCCGUGA